AUGCUCUACGCCGUGCAGGAAGGUGAGCCUGGACGGGAGGACGCCAAGGAUGGCAGCGCUGACAGCGUCGAGGGGGAGGCGCCGCCCAGCGCCGCGAGCCAGCAGACCAGUCAAGGCCUCCCUGUGAACAGCCUGGUGGCCGAGGCAGCACAGCCUGAUCUCCUCACCCUGGAUCCCCUGGAGAGGGACAGCAGCCUGCAGGCAGAGCUGCUCCACAUCAGAGCCAAGAACCAGCAGCUCCUGGAGCAGAAGGCGAAGGUGGAAGGGGAGCUGUGGGAACUGAAGGCUCUGAUGGAGGAAGCCGGCUUCUCGUCUCUCUCUCCCAUCAGGAAAGCCCUGCUGAGCCUGUGCCUGGAGACCGCCGAGCUGAAGGAGCGGCUGGGGGGAUCCCCAUUGUCAGAGGGUUGGGAGGAUGAGGCGGAGGCCAGGGGGGCCCUGCGCACCCAGAGCAGGAAGCUGCAGAGCUCGGAGACAGUCGUCACCCUCCUCAAGGAGCAGCUGGUGCUGAACUGCCCGGAGGGCGAGAGCAAGUUCCCGCCCCAGCUCGUCACCGGCAUGGCCACGGAGAUCGACCGGUUCCGGGCAGAGAUGGGGGUGGCACCUGCGAAGCGCCCGGCCCUGGAGGGGCAGCUCCAGGAGGAUCCAGCAAAGAGGCCCUGCCCUGGGUCCCAGGCGGUGGAGUUGGGACCAGCCCAAGCCCCCAGGGGCAUGAGCCAGCAGAUGAAGGGCAGCCGUGCGGGCAGCUGGCAGCAGUUGGUGGAGCCGGUGGUAGGGCCGUCAGGGCAGCUGGUUCAGUGCCGGCAGCGCAACCAAGAGCUGCAGGACAAGCUGGCCGUGUCAGAGGCCACAGUGCGGGCUCAGGCGGAGCAGCUGGAGCAGUACAGGACCCUGCUCAGCGAGCCCUUGGUGCAGCAGGACAACAAGCAGGUGCAGGUGGAUCUCCAGGAUCUGGGCUAUGAGACGUGCGGGAGGAGUGAAAAUGAGGCCGACCGGGAGGAGACCCCCAGCCCUGAGUGCGAGGAGCCAGAUGUGUUCAGCAAGGCCAGCCUGAUGGAGGAGCUGAGCCGGCCGGGGCCACGGGGGGGCCUGUGCUGGGGCCAGUCGGAAGACGUUGCCGUUCUGCAACAGCAUGUGCGGGAGCUCCAGGUGCAGCUGCAGAACUCGAACAAGGCACUCCAGAGGCUGCAGCGCCGCACCCGCUCCUUCUCCAGCACCAGUGACUACGCCUCGGGCGCCGAGCGGCUCUACAAGCUGGUGCCCAGCGCCACCGACGAGGACGAGGGCUGGCAGUCUGAUGGCGUUGGGGCCUUCUGCCCCCCUGCGCUCCAGGCCAGCAGAGACCUCGAGUGGCUCGUCCACAGGGUGUCCCUGCUGGAGGCCCAGCUGCCCGGGCCCCCGGCAGGAGGGGUGCUGCCUGAGGAACUGCGCUCUGCCGUCUGGCCAGGGAAAUAUGACUCACUGAUCCAGGCCCAAGCACGGGAGCUCUCUCACCUGCGCCAGAAGAUGCGGGAAGGGCGCAGCGUGUGCCGCCUGCUCACCCAGCACCUCAGGGACACUGUCAAAUCCUUCGAGGAGCUUCUCCGAGGCACCGACAUCGACUACUACAUGGGCCAGAGCUUUCGGGAGCACCUGGCCCAGGGUGGCCAGUUGGCCGAGAGGCUGAGCAGCAAGCUGAGCAGCAGGGAUCGCUCUGACGUGGAGGAUAAAACCGGACACGAAUUCGUGGCGCUCAGGCUGAGCAAGGAGCUCCGGGCGAAGGAGAGGAUGAUUGAGACCCUUCAGGCCAAGCUUCAGGAGCGCUGCGAGACCCCAUCCAGCAGCCGUGCGCUCUCCGAGUCACCCCGCUCCAACAGCAGCGCCUCCUUCCUGUCUGAUGGCCCGGAGGCCUGCUCCGACGGGGAUGCCACCAGCGAGUACAGCCAGCUCCAGGGGGAUUGCGGCGAGCAGCCGUCCCGGCACCUCACAGAAGUGGCAGGUGUCCAGCACGGGGGUCAACCACGCCAAGAAGACGCCCGUGCUCACGGCUCCGUGAAGGAGCCCCCAACUAAUAUCCCCAACAGGCUUCGGGACCAGGGUGGAAUAUAG